UAAGGGCCAGAAUGUCUCACAUUCCAGUGCCCAAUAUACCAUAGAACAUGGAGAUAAAAAUGGCCGCUUUCCUUCCCUACCCUUCUCUGCCUCUAUAUAAAUACUAGUACUAGUACUACUAAUUGAUUAAAAAGAAGGCAAGAGCAGUUUUGUGUUGAAUUGAUGAUUUGUAAGUGAGGUGAAAAAGAAUGGAGAUAGAAGUGGUGAAGUGCGAGUGUUGCGGGCUGAAAGAAGAGUGCACGGAAGAGUACAUCAACGAGGUGAAGGCCAAAUUCGAGGGGAAGUGGCUGUGCGGGCUGUGCUCGGAGGCGGUGAGAGAUGAAGUGAAGAAGCAAUCCGCCAUACUGGAUGAAGCUCUCAAAGCUCACAUCUCCUUCCGCCGCAAGUGCAAGGCCAACCCCGCCGUCCUAGUCGCCGACGGCAUGCGCCAGAUGCUGCGCCGUAGAACCCUUCACCAUUAAUUACUUAGAUGCUCUACUUUCUUUCUUUCUUUCUUCUUUCAAAUAAUAAUACUAUUAUGUGUUCAUUUCAGUUUGUAUAGUCAAUUCAGUUUUUUGCAUUUUUAUGUUUUCA